CAUUAUUUUCAGAAGCCAGGACGGAAGUCACCAAAGCACCCCCCCUUUAAAAAAAAAAACAAUGAGCAUUUCUCAGAUUUGAGUCACUCCCUUUGCCUGCCCAUAUAGCACAGUGGUAAAGACGGUAUCUCCAGCCUGAGGUUGAUAUAGUAGUUACUUGCACGAAACACACAGCAGCACCAUUAGGAAAGGAACAGAUACAAACAUUAGAGCAGAAUUCCACGUGACCAAAGGCUAGCUAGGCAAAAAAACUAGUGACCCCUCUGCAUCAAUGGCAGACAAGGAGCAAAUCAAGCAGACUGCAGCAAUGGUGCUGGGCUGCUUGGAGAAAGUGUCCUCCUUUGCCUCCACCAUCAACCCUCUGUUUGGCAUUGUUACCUCACUGAUUGGUGUAGUGAGGGAAGGCCUAGUGGAAGAUGGAGCCAGUGAGCUGGACAAGAACUUCCAGCAGAUUCAUGACAAGUUGGAGAGCAUCUCUGUGCAGAACAAGCAGCUGCUGGACCAGAUCCAAAUUACUGAGAUCAACAAAAACUAUGGUGACUUGGAAAAGAACAUCAAGUAUCAAUACCAAGCCUUCAAGACCAUGGUGGACAGAAUCAGGAAGGACCCAGAAAAAGACAAGCGUUACAGAGAGGAUUUCAAGAAAAUCUAUAGAAAACAAAAGGGCCGCCUGAAUUUGAAUGUGUUCUAUCAAGCCGUCAUGGAAGACCAUGGUCCUUUUGGGAGGCCACUACUGAAAUAUUAUCUAGAGAAAAGCAACAAGAACAGGAAGAUCAUGGAGGCUAGAUGCGCUCAUCUGGCCAACCUUUUCCACAUCGGCCUCAUGGCACUGAUGGCCUACUAUGUAGUCACUGAGGAUGAUGAAGAUGAGUUCAGGGAAGAAUGGGGCCAAAAGGUCAUCAGCAUUCAGACCAAGAUGCAAGAAGUCCUGGAUGAGUGUAAAUCCCACCAAAGGCUAGCUAGACAAAAAACUAGUGACCCCUCUGCAUCAAUGGCAAACAAGGAGCAAAUCAAGCAGACUGCAGCAAUGGUGCUGGGCGGCUUGGAGAAAGUGUCCUCCUUUGCCUCCUCCUUCAACCCUCUGUUUGGCAUCGUUACCACAUUGGUUGGUUUAAUGAGGAAAGGCCUAGUGGAAGAUGGAGCCAAUGAGCUGGACAAGGAGUUCCAGCAGAUUCAUGACAAGCUGGAGAGCAUUGCUAAGCAGAACAAGCAGCUGCUGGACCAGAUGCAAAUUACUGAGAUCAACAAAAACUAUGGUGACUAUGAACAGAACAUCGAGCACCAAUACCAAGCCUUCAAGACCAUGGUGGACCAAAUCAGGAAUGACCCAGAACAAGACGAGCAUUUCAAAAAGGAUUUCAAGAAAACCUAUGAAAUACUAAAGGGCCGCCUGAAUUUGAAUGUGUUCUAUGAAGCCGUCAUUGAAGAGCAGGGUCCUUUUGGGAGGCCACUACUGAAAUAUUAUCUAGAGAAAUGCAACAGGAACAGGAAGAUCAUGGAGGCUAGAUGCGCUCAUCUGAUCUACCUCUUCCACAUCGGCCUCAUCGCACUGAUGGCUUACUAUAUAGUCACUAAGGAUGAUCAGGAUGCGUUCACAAAUGAAUGGAAGCAAAGGAUCCUCGACAUUCAGACCAAGAUGCAAGAAGUCCUGGAUGAGUGUAGUGAGCCUAAUUAAUUGAAUGGCUUAUUAUUCCUAAUUAACUGAAUGCUUCAUUAUGCCUAAUUCACUGAAAGAUUGUUAAACCACAGCGGUCUUGUGCUGCAUUAUAAUGGAGACAAUGAUAAACAAAUAAAUGUUAUUUAUAUCAUGAGCAAUGAGAACACUGUUUUUUUUUUUUUUUUGCUUCCUGUAUUGUUUCUAUGCCUUUUUAUUGGAUUAGCACUUAAAAAUCCUAUCUUUGAUUCAAUUGAAACAGUUAUGCAACAUUUUAUAUGACUUUAUAAAUCUAAAAUUGUUGCUGAAUAUAUAGUAAACCUGUAUAUUGCAAAUCAACAAAAUUCAUUUGGGAACCAUGUAUUUUGAAACAGGGACCAUACUGUUUCAUUGUUUUAUUGACUAUUAGCUUGCUAUAUAUACACACACACAGAGUACUGUGCAAAAGUCUUAGGCACCCUAUUUUCUUUAGUACAAACUUUGUUAUAGAUUUUUAUUUUAUGACUUUCUACAUUAUCAAGUCAGUAGAGAAACAUUUAAACAUUUUAGAUAUCCAAACAUUAGUUUUCCAGCACAAAAUGAAAUGUCACAGAAAAAAGGUUUGUAUGUCAGUAAAGAAAGCAGCAUCUUAAGUGGUAAGACACACCUUUCAAACAAAAAACACAAUGAAGGCUGCUGGAUUUUGCUGCAAAAAUAAGAAACAAGUGCGACAGUCAAAGUCUCCAGAAGAACCGUGGCUGGUUCUGCAAGAUGCUCGAUAAAACUUACUUUACUCAUUUCCUUAUGACAAUGAGUCUACUGUUGCUGUUUUUUUGUUUGUUUGUGUUUUUUUUUUCAAAGCAAAGGGUUGUCACACCAAACAUUGCCUUUGUUUCAUUCAUAACUGUUUACUGCUCUUUAUAGUUUUUUUUUUUUUUUUUUUUUUUAACUGGAGAAACAUUUAAUUUCAUUAUCUUUGAAGGCAUCUUUGCUCUACAGCAUUUCUUUGCAUGUGCCUAAAACUUUUGCACAGUAUAUUAGAGAGUGAGAGAGAGAGAGAGAGAGAGAGCGAGAGCGCGAGCGAGCGAGCGUCACAUUAUCAUCAAGUCCCAGGAUAUCUUUUUAAGGACAUAGCUCACUCCAAGCUGUUCAGGUACACUAACCACAGGGUAAUAUGCAAAUUAGCAUGUUUUGCAGCAGUAGAAUAGUGACAUCUGCAGGUCUUGCUAUGAAUUACAUUAUUACGUUAAACCUGGAAUCACUUUUGUGUAGAACAGAGGUUCUCAACCUUUUGUAACUGGAGACCCCCGCCCAUACACACACACACAGCCUAGCUAAGCUAUAAUCUGUUUUUGAUAGAUUGUACUUUUUUUUAAUGACUUUUUAUAACUUUAAUGUUUUGGUUUUUUUUUUACAACUAGGUUGUCAUAACAUGGACUAUUUUAAAUAUAAAACAUGUUGCAUUCCAUUCGUCUCGUAUUCUAAAAACAUUCACAUAAGAAUGAUGUAAAUUGGGAGGAAGGGCGCGUCUCGUUAUCCAUGACACUGUUAAAUCUCCGGCUCUCGGCCCCUCACUGAACAGAGCAGACGCAGAGAGAGGGGAGAGUGCAGCAGGAAAGAGAGACCUCGCGCUUCGGGACAGAACUGGUGACAUUUGGAAAGUUGCUAAGGUUUGUCCAAAAAGUCGCUAGAUUUGUCGUUAGGCGGUUUUUUGUGUUUAUUAUUAUUAUUAUUAUUAUUAUUAUUAUUAUUAUUUAUUUUUAAUUUUUUUGCACACACACAAAAAAGUCGCUAAGUUGGCAACACUGGCCUGCACUGAGAGCUAGAUAAAAGUCAGGCUAAGCUCCGCCCCUCCGCAGCAAAAAGAAAAUACAGAAGGAGAGGGAACGCGGGGUUUUCCCCAUUUAUGCACAUUCUAUUUGAAAAGCACUAAAAUACACAGAGUACACAAAUGAUGCCCUGUCUGUGUUUUUUUUUUUCCUUUUUUUUUUUCUUGAAAACAAUUUGCGCCCCCUUCCUAUCUCUCCACGUCCCCCUAUUUGAGAACCACUGGGAAUCUACACACGGUAGUCCCACGCUGUCAUAAUAAGAGUCUUAAAAAUAGUGCCUUGCAUCAUUCUUCACCCACUUGUUUAUGUUAUAUGUCAAGAACCUUCUCAAAAUAGCCCACAAUUCUCAGGCUAAUCCCCUGUUUACCCAGUCACUGACUUGAUGGACAGCGUCUUCUGGGCAGAGUUGAGGUUGUGCCAUAUUCUUUUCAUUUAAAAAAAUAUAUGAAGAUAAAUAUGCUCUGUGGAGCAUUCAAAGUUUGGAAUAUUUUUGGGGAUAUCCUGAGUGAUACUUUUCUAGAACGUUUUUUUGUUUGCAUAGGUACAGCUGUGUGCAAAAGUUUGGGCACCCCAGUUAAAUUCCAUAUUUUAUUGAUUGUUAAACUGAAAAGAAGUCAACAAAACCACUGCAGCAAACUAUUUUUAAAAAUCACAUUUUCCUGCGAAUGUUAAUGCACAAUUACGUUAUAUUUGAUGAACUAAAAAAAAGUUCUGAGACUUUACAGCUAGAAAGAUGUCCAAGUAAAUGAAAUGGCCAAGCACGUGCUUUUACUCUAUUAUAUAGUCAACUACCAUCAUUGAUAGCAAUUUGCUUUCAAACAUGUUACAGGUUACAUAUAUUAUGAUUUUAGUAAAGCACAAAAUACUAAUCUGUGUACUUUAAGCCACGCUAGUCAGUGGCCCAUUGUUAAGGUCUACAUGACUCACUGUCACGUGCCUGUGUACACGCUAUCUGCUGCAUCGUUCUGUUUACCCACCAGACUUCUGGGUAACACUGGAUCGUGCGUUUAUGAGUUAUUACUCUUCUACAAAUGUAUGCUAUAAAGUUAAACAUUAAUGAAUGCAUUGAAUGGUCUAAAGUACGAGUGUCAGAAUCAUUCCAUUCCCUGUGUACACUGGGGACUAUAAAAAUGAUCAAACAUUAUAAAGAGUGCAUUAAUAUUAACCCACGAGAUGCAGGUGCACUACUGUCAAAGCUGCUUUUAUAGAAAAUUAACAAUCUAAUAAUUAAACAUCUUUAAACAUGCCAGAAUCGAGAAUUCGACAUCAAUCUAAAUAUUUUAUAUUUAAUAGUUUUUUUGUUUUUUUUCAAACUCUCAAUUAGUGUUCCUGACAGGAUGCGAUAAACAUGUGAGAGAUUGUAUG